CUCUGAGCACCCGCGCAGCAGACGGAGCCGCGUCAGCCCUCUGAAGGAUUAGAAAAAGACGGCGCCUGCCCCCCGCCGGAGCUGAAGUUCCAAAGGGGGGGCCACAGGAAGAGCGCAGCCAGCGAGGGACGAGACUCGGAAGCCACUCUGGCCGCUCUCUUCUUUCUCAGAGUCCGAGCCUGUGGCUUCCGAGGCUUCCCUCAAUAAAGAGACACCAUAUUUAUAUACGGAAAGUUCCAGCACGCCAUUUUGCACCCGGAAGCAACCUUGUUACGGUUAGGUCGCCGCCAUUUUAAACUAUGCGCUCCGCUACCUGCCUAGCCUAAUAACACGUCACGCUUUUCUCUCAUCAAGGGCGACGCCAUAUUGUGUUACGGACGGAAAGGCGGCUCCAACAAGGACGGGGGCCUCGUUCCCCCUCCCUUUUUUAGGUGUCUUCAUAAAAUGCCCGCCGACAGUCCCCCCUUUUUUUCGCUCCGCUCCAAGAUGGCGUCGAUGCGGGAGAGCGACACUGGCCUGUGGCUGCACAACAAACUGGGCUCCACGGACGAGCUAUGGGCGCCCCCGAGCAUCGCCUCAUUGCUCACGGCUUCGGUCAUCGAUAACAUCCGCCUCUGCUUCCACAGCCUCUCUUCGCCCGUCAAGCUCAAGUUGUUGCUGGGGAUGCUGCACCUGCCCCGCCGCACGGUGGAUGAGAUGAAAGGUGCACUGACUGAAAUUAUCCAGCUCGCUACCUUGGAUCCAGACCCAUGGGUCUUAAUGGUAGCUGAUAUUUUAAAAUCCUUUCCAGAUAUGGGCUCCCUUAAUCUUGAUCUGGAAGAACAGAAUCCCAACGUUCAGGAUAUUUUAGGUGAACUGCGAGAAAAAGUGGGUGAAUGUGAAACAUCAGCUAUGUUGCCACUGGAAUGCCAGUACUUAAAUAAAAAUGCCUUGACCAUGUUGGCUGGACCACUUACUCCCCCAGUGAAACAUUUCCAGCUCAAACGGAAACCAAAAAGUGCCACUCUCAGAGCAGAGCUCUUACAGAAGUCUACUGAAACUGCACAGCAACUCAAGAAAACAGCUGGAGUUCCCUUUCAUGCAAAAGGAAGGGGGUUGGUCAAGAAAAUUGAUACAACAACUCCGCUCAAAGGAAUACCGAAACAAGCUCCAUUCAGGAAUCCCACAGCUCCAAGUGUAUUUAGCCCUGCUGGAAACAGAACACCUAUUCCACCUUCAAGAACUCCUUUACGCAAAGAAAGAGGAAUAAAGUUACUACACAUCUCAGAGCUGGAUAUGGUUGGUGCUGGUCGGGAAGCAAAAAGAAGAAGAAAGACUCUAGAUACAGAAGCGGUAGAAAAGCAAGCAAAGGAGGAAACCAUUGUAGAAAAUGCUACUCCAGAUUAUGCUGCUGGGCUUGUGUCUACUCAGAAACUUGGCUCUUUGAAUAAUGAACCUGCCCUGGCCUCUACAAGCUAUCUGCCUGCAGCACCCAGUGUCGUGCCAUCCUCUUCCUAUGCACCAAGUUCUGACACACAGCCAGGUGGGCCUGCCCGGGAACCACUGCAAGCUAAAGAGGAGCCUGCUACUCCCCCUGCCACUGCUGUCCCGACUCAGUUCAAGCAAAGGACACCCAUGUACAACAGCAAUGCAAAUACAGCUGCAGUUACACCGACUUCUCCUGUGACGCCGCCGGCCACUUCUCCAGCAGGACAGGUGCCACCGCCCGCUCCCCAAUCCCAGCAGGCACCACCCAAGAAAAGUCUUUCUUUAACAAGGGAGCAAAUGUACGCAGCACAAGAAAUGUUCAAGACAGCAAACAAAGUGACAAGGCCAGAAAAGGCUCUCAUCCUUGGCUUCAUGGCAGGUUCCAGAGAAAACCCUUGUCAAGAACAAGGUGACAUCAUCCAGAUCAAGCUGAGUGAACACACGGAAGUGCUGCCAAAAGCCGAUGGCACAGGAAGUACCACCAUGCUAGUCGACACGGUCUUUGAAAUGAACUAUGCUACUGGCCAGUGGACCAGACUAAAGAAGUACAAGCCAAUAACAAAUGUUUCUUAAACGAUUCAAUAACAAAACAGUAUAGACCAAACGGACCAUAGAAUAAGCCAACGUGUGUACAUAAUGUGUUGACUAAGCAGAAUGACAUUCCUGUGUAGGCCUUGUCACCAGCUAUGCUCGGCUCAAGUGAGAGGAGGACUGAGUCGAAAUGGUAGUGCUUGUGUUUUAAUAAGGGGUGGGGUGGGGGGCGAAGAUGUGGUGAAGAAGCUUGACUGGUCAGAGCUGAAAUGCUUCCAUCUUUUUUGGGGGGGGGGGAAGGAGGGAGAGAGAGAGAGAGAAGUUCACAUUCAAAAGCCUUGGGAAACUGUUCUGAGGAAACACCCACAAGUUAGAGAGGAUUUUUUAUAAUAGCAGUGCUCUCUGACUCUGCAUUAAACAUAAGCAUUGGCGUAUUUUCAUUUCAUCCCUGCCACCCGUAGCUUACUGCAUGUGGUGUAUGUCAUGGUGGAUGGCCCCCACUGUAGUGGCUUUACCAGUCGUCAUUGUGAAAACCUGAAGGGUGUCCCUCAUUUUGCCUCCAGCCACUAAAGGCCCUAUACACACUGCACAGUAGCAACUGUGUGUUUUCCACACAGUGGCAGGGAGCCACGACCCAUCCUAGCUCCCGGGUAUGUGUGGGCCAGUACAUGCAUUUGUCUUGUAUGUGGGCAACUCUUUUAUGUGUACAUGUAAAAAGCAUAAUUUGUAGAGUUGCCCUGAGACCAAAAGGUUGGGAUGCUACCAAAGUGUCUAAUUUCUUCCGCAUAAAUGACUCUGAUUUAUGCUGUGCUGCUAAAUGCUCAUUAAACUGGUCAGUCCCCAGCUCUUUAAAGCUGGUGCCUUAGGGUAACACGGUUUGCCCUGAGAAGUUGAGGUGCAUUGUUCUUUGUGCUGGAGCCAGCCUUUAUUUCCCCUAAUGGUGCAUUUUGCCAUUUCCAACACAUCCGUGACUGUUGGAAUGUCAUCCCUGUGUCCAGGUAGGAAUAGGGUAAAUAUGGGUUAGAAUAACAAUUGAAUGAUUCACCCCCGAUUGUUCAAGGAGUAACUUGCCCACUCAUUGGAAGAUGGUUCUGUGAGUUGGAUUUAAUAGGGAGGUACUUGUUCAGCAGAACUUUUCAAUUUGCCUAGCCACAGAAUUAGCUUGUUAUCCCAGGAUGCAAAAUAUGACCCGAAUGAUCUUUCUUGCAGCUUGGGAGCUAAUGAAGUAGCAGUAACUGUUGCAAAACCUCAAUGGCGGAAGCUGAGGAGACUGUGCUUCUUAGAGCAACUUCCUGGUUGUUCUGCUCUGGGCAACUUCAGUUCUACUGUCUUGGAGCUUAAUGUUUGAGAAUUCAGCAGUUUAUAUUCAGGAUAAUAGAAGGAAUCCCAUUUCAUCCUAUUAUUCCUGGUAACUGCAUAAGCUGUUGCUGGAGAGAAGUAUAGAGAUCAUCAUAUAAGAAAAGACAUGGCGCUGGUCCAGGCUUGAAAUGGAAGGAUAAUUUCUUGAAGAUCGGUAGCAAAGAGGAAAUGAAAUAAGAUGUACCCAGGUGGGAAAUUGCUUUCAAGUUACUUGGCAUUUUGAAUUUGAUUGUCAAGCUGUCUUCUGAUCUGCGAAUCCCCUUAGAGAAUUUUAAGCAAGGAUGAAAGAUCUUAGUUUACAUUUCAUUCUUAUGUAACCAAACUGUGUCUAAAUUUGUUAAACGGAAAAUAUCCUAAACUCUGUUGAAGCUGUGCUCUGAUGUUACUUUCCCCAAACUCAGAUGCCUGAGGGUGUGUGUGUCUUGAUUCAUCUUAUUUUUGUCAUACCCUGACUGCAACUUUUGUUUCUAAAUUUUUAUUUAUCCAAACAGUUAUUAGAAACAAAUAGCAAAUGUUUGGUUUAAGAAUGAGAUUGUUGUAAGAUCACUCCUUUUAACAUAUUUUAUACAAAUUGCUAAAGAUAGAGUAUGAAACAAUCUUUAAUUAGAUUAAAGCAGGGUUUUUGCUAUAAUCUACUCUGGUUUUACCAAAAAGAUCAAUGAGAUUGUAGAAGAAAAUGUAUCAAUUGCACUCGCUGCUGUUUUUAAUACUGGAUGAUUCAAGAUUAUAGAAAGUGUUGUUUUAAGAUUAGAAACCAUUGGCAAGGCUUUGAUUGAUGGAAAUUUAAAAUGGUUGCUGGCAAAGUAUGCACAUUUAUGCAAAACCCAGGCUCUACAGUAGUUUUUCUAACAUCCAGUUUUUAUCGAUGGUAGCAAGACCAAGUGUUUAGUGGACAUAACUUUGAAAGUGUAUCACAGCUAUCAUUAGAUAUGGGAUUUGGUUUAAAAUUAUUUUGACUCUGAGCAGUGAAUCAUAUGACAGUUCUUUAGCUAGAAACUUUUCUUACAAUUUGAAGUGACAAGAUAUAAUUUCCCCUAGAAAACUUGUGAAGGUUGAAAUGUGUGUAAAUCAGUGGAUCAAAAGUUCUGCAUGUCACUGACAUACAUGGGGAUUGUGACAAACUGGACAAACUGGUUUUGUGCACACACCUAGUGCCUGAACAGCCAUAAGAACUUGCCACCGUUCUUGUUCAUUAGCACAGAUGAGUUUAAAAUGUAAGCAUAAGAAUGACUCCAGCUCAUGUUACUUUUAACAAGAUGGAAUGCAUAUGCAUAUAUAAAUACCCACCCACAAGGCAGGCAGUUUUGUAGAUCGUUGCUAAUGGGAAGGUGUAUAAUGUCUUUUCUGCUGGUUAGCUCUCUUGCAUCAUUGGCACUAAGUAUCCUUUAACAUUCAGCUUAAAUGAAGGAAGCAAGAAAUGCAAGUACACAUAGAAUGCACCCUCCCCCCAACCCGGAACAGAUUGGGAGGUAUGGAUGUGCUCAUCUCUGCUUUGUAAAGAGACUUUUUAAAUUGUUCUUUCAUCUCUGCAACAUAAUGGCUGAUAUAUUGUACAAGAAUACAUCAGCCUUACAAAGCUGCAUUUGUACAACUUGUGUUACAGAAGAGUAAGCACAUUGUUUCUAAUGGGAAUAUUCUUGUACAGCUUGUGCAAAUGCAAGGUUACUAGGUGAACGUACUCUUGCACAGUAUGUCAGCCCCUGGGACAGUUAUCCAACGUUGCAAAGUGCAAUUUGUGGUAGUUGCCAGUUAUAUUUUGAAGGUACAGAUGUGCACAUCUCUAGAAAUGGAUCAAGCUAACAUGCUGCUUACAUGUAGUACCAUUUCUGUAUCUUAAGACAUGGGAGGGGAUGCCUAUUUUUUCACAGUAAUGUGUUGGUAAUAUUUUGAGGAAAUAACUUACUAAGGUACUUUUGAAAUGAGAUGUGAAUUGAAAGGUAUGACCUAAUGAAGAUGGGGGCUCUCAAUCUUGGGCCCCAGAUGCAGUUGGACUACAACUCCCAUCAUCCCCAGCUUCAAAGGCCUGGGGAUGAUCGUAAUUAUAGUCCAACCACAUCUGGAGACCCAGGUUUGAGAACCCUUGAGUUAAGAUGACACACAAGCUUCUAGACACAAGCUCCACAGCAAAACAAAAGAUGUGAAUCUCAUUAUGCUAGCAUUCUUCGGUCAAUGGUAUUUCUCUGGUACUUCAGCCUGGAUUUUUGGUCUGAAUCGGAUGAGUGGCUGUGACAAAAUUCCAGUUCUUUUUUAUUGUCACCAAGAAUAAUUAAUAUUCACCUGUUCAAGAAUUUUGACCAAGCAUUAUAGUGAGUCAGCACAAACUGAACCCUAAAGGUUAACUACACUUUGAAAAUUGCCUCUUUGCCCCUGCCUUUAUGUUCAGUAGGAUGUUGGCAGUGAUGGACAGAAUCAGCUUUCACAGCCUUGUAAACCCCUCCCCCCUCAAUCAUGCUGAAGUGCCACUUGCUAAAAUCGAAGGUACUUUGACACCAACUAGCUUGAAUUGCAUUUUCAUAGCAAGAUUUGAUGGAGAGAAAAGAUGAGAGAAAUGUAUAAGCCAGAGCUCUCUAGGAAUCUGGUACCUCUUAACAAUAUUUUUUUGUAAGAAGUUGCAUAGCCAGUAUAGCAACCAUGUUUUCUACCUAUUUUGCUUUUGUACAGAUGUAAAGACCUCAUGUCCUUGGGUACAUAUUUCCAGCACAAUAUAGUAUGUAAAAUAAAGUUCAGAUUUUUCUAAAAACACA